AUGACCAAGCGCACAGCGCAGGAGGCCGCGCAUCGGAACUCAUUCGACAUGUCAGCAGAGGAGUCCGUGCAUCCAAAUAAAGUUAAAGUGGUGUCUGCGACAACAGCUGAAAUGGAUAAACUAUUAGAGCGUAUUGCACGAUAUAGCAAGAAGGCCGCUCAACAGUCUUUCGCAUCUACCAUAUGGUACGAAAGAAUGAUUCGAGCUGAAGAUGAGUCGAGGGAUCUGGCAGACCUCGUUGAAAGAAGUGGAGAGUGGUAUAACAGGAUGGUUCGAGCUGAGGAAGAGAUGGAGCGUUUAGAAGGCCUCGUUAGAAUGAAUGGGAGUUCCGAAAGAAUCGUGGAUGUUUGCGCAGCCAUCGAGAGUCCAACAUCGAAAGACAAUACGUUUCAGGCUGAGAAAGACGCUUCUCUGACCCAGGGCUAUAUUCCCACGCCAGAUCCCGCUGAAGUGGACAAGAAAUAUGAAACGAGUGGCGUUUUAACACCGCAACAUGCCAUGACAUCGGUUCUGAACCAACCAUACGAGAGCGUUCAUAGGGCAAAGGAGAAGAUGCGGGAGCUGAAGAACGACCACUUUCUACAGAAAGGCAUCUCUUCCACCAAGAACCAGGAUUCAACGUCGAAGGAAGUUCACAUCACCCAUUCCACUGAGAACCAGGAUUCCACACCGAAAGAAGUCCAGGUUAUCUCUUCCACUAAGGAUUAUGGUCCCACACCAAAGUGUGUCGAAAACCAGAAUACUUUUACGCAUGAGAGCACUCCCUCCCAGUCAAAGAAACUCGGUGAGUCGGAGCCUACCCUAACGCAACUAGCCGUCGCGAGCACUCUUCCGCUAGAGCAAAACUGGAUAUUGCUAGCGAUCCACUAUCUGAACGCCGCUGAUCUUGGUCCACAAUACAAAAACCUCGUGAAGCGUUGGAUCGAGAUCGAGGUGACCACCAGUGGAACUUCACGCGGACUCCCUACGAACAAACGUCCCCUGGAAAUCAAGGCAUGGGUAACUAAAGGAAAAGAAAGUCGAUUCAACUCUAAAUACCCCAAGCUCGACAAGGGUUUCGCGGUAGCCUUCCCUCCAAAGUGCCAAGAAUGGUGGCAGUCGUUACAGCCGCUACGAGGGGGAGCUGCGGGCGAAACAAGUCCAUAUCGCCCUCAGGACAUGAAGUCGCUCGAGGGGAGGGGGCCCACCAGUUGGUUACUUCUUUUGGUAUGCGUCAAAUGGUGGGGAAACAGUAUUGCAGAGCUAGAGGAGGAUGACCGAGAAGCAUCAAAGGAGAACUUGGGCCUAGUAGUCGAAGAGAUGUUAAGAAUGUUGGACCAUGUCACAAUUUCUUGA